AUGUCCACGACCGUCACAAAGCGCCCCCAAACCGGCCCACCGGCGCGCAGGCCCGGCGCCCCCGUCACAAGCAAAGCUCCCACAACCGCCAGAAGAGCUCCUACGACCAGCAAAGCCCUCACCACCACAAACAACAACAGAACCGUCCAAAAGGCCACUCCCUCCACUUACAAGCCCCCCGCCUACAAGCCCUCCACCGCAGCGCACAAGCCCACACCCUCUCCCGCGGUACACAAGCCCUCCGCACCAAAAAGCGCGCCCUCGGCGGUCGCGCAAACCGGCAACUGGCUGAACCGCACCGUGCAGACCGCCAUCGCAGGCGUAGGGACCCAAGUCGGCAGUCUCGUGACCGGGGUCGGGAACACCGUGAUCGGCACGGGCAAGGGUGUUGGUCAGAGCGUGGCGUUCACGACCCAGACCUGGGCCGACGGCGUGCGCGGCUACGGCAACAGCAUCAAGGACGCCACCAACGCAAAGGGUUCGCGCGCCCCGACGGGCACGAAUCCGCUCGGCUUGGCGAGCACGGCGCAGGGCGCCGUUGCCCAGGCCAAGGGGCUUGCGGGCGGCAUGGUGGCGAAGAGGGGGGCAGGGAGCAAUCCGCUUGGGUUGUAG